UGAGAAGGCAUUAGUACCGUUUUUUCGAGUACUACAACAACCACCGUCGCCUCUAAUAAAAGCGAGGCAGUGUAAACACAAGUCCAGGAACAUGAAAAGAUCGGGUGACAGUGAGGGGGAGAAGAGAAGAAAGAGGCGGAGGCUUCUGCAGGAGUUGGGAAACCAGAAGAUUCCCUUUCUCGGACCUCCCGAUCGGGGCUAUCAGCAACUGUGGGACUCCAGUUACUCAGGCCUGGUUCUGAGGAGAUCCUGCUCGGUGCCUGCUGAGCUCCAUGUCCGGGUGCAGGCCGCUCUGCUCACCCUGAGGAGGAAGGGCUGCCUCCUGAGGGAUUUGGUUCGCAUCCGAGAGCGAGAUGUAUUCACCGCCGUUUCACGGACUCUUCUUGGUGAACCGGGCCACACCUACCGCUAUCUGGACACGCGGCUGUUUGCCAUCCCCUGGCACAGCGAGGACCCUGAGGUUAAAGGACAAAACUGUUGCGACUCUGACUUGAGUGCGGCUUGCAAGGCAUUGUGGGAGCUUAACACCUUCUUCAGUUCAGAUGUGUCUCAGCGGAAGGAAGGGGACAGGCUAACACAGUGUUUGAAGGAGGAGGUGGAGGCCAAACUGAGCGAUGAAGGGGACACGGGGUCUAAGAACAGUGAAGACUCCAAGAACAGUGAAGGAGGGGACUCGGAGUCCAAGCAGAGUGAGGAGGGGGAAACUGAGUCCAAGCACAGUGAGGAGUGGGACAUUGAGUCGAAACACAGUGAAGAAGGCUGUUCUGGGUCAAAACAAGAAGGGGAAUGGGAGACUAAGUCAAAACCCAGCAGUGAGGAAGGAGAGUCCUCUGAGGAUAAACCAAGUGGAGCCUCAGCUGCUUCAGAGCACAAUGAAGGGAAAUGUCCCAGCUUGACCCCUAAGGCCCUCAGUGGCACACAGAAUAAAGGUGUGGGACUCACGGCACAGGGGAAACCUGUGGCCAAAAUGAAGCACAUCUCCUCAGAUCACCACGUUGAGGACAGGGAGGAAGCAGCCAGCAGGCAGGGCUGUUCGCAGCCGAGUCCUCCGCCUGUAUGCACCGGUCCGGUUAAGUUCAAUGUCACGUUGCUUAACUACAUGGACCCAGCAGCUAUGAGCCAGCUCAAAGAAGAGCCUUACUAUGGGAUGGGGAAGAUGGCAGUAGGCUGGCACCACGAUGAGAACCUCAUCAGUCACUCUCCAGUGGCUGUUUACAGCUAUAACUGUCACAACGACAAAGGUGAGAGCAGUGAGGGAGGCAGCGAGGAGCGCCCAUGCUGGAGGAUCGGGCUGAAGGUAGCCUGGGACAUCCACACACCUGGCCUGACGCUGCCGCUGGAGUCUGGAGACUGCUACUACAUGAGAGAUGACCUGAACAGCACCCAUCAGCACUGUGUGCUCGCUGGGGAGAGCGCACGCUUCAGCUCCACACACAGAGUGGCCGAGUGCUCCAGUGGGACCCUGACCUACAUCCAGUCUCGGUGUGAAGAGGCUCUGUCCAACCUGAGCACUGACCUGGAGACCGGCUCCCACAGCCUGCUGGCCCUGCUGCCCACCACGCUGAAGCACUGUGAGGAGAUCCACAAUGAGGUGGAGUUCGAGUGGCUGCGGCAGUACUGGUUUCAGGGCCGGCGCUUCGCCCGUUUCUGCAGCUGGUGGACCGGACCGAUGGAGCAGCUGGAGAAGGACUGGAAGCUGAUGGAGACGAUGACUAUGCUCUUCCUGGGGACUCUGGAGGAAGAGGAGGGCCAGGAAGGAGAGGGAAGGAGGGAGAUGGCAGAAGCUCUGCUGUCUGCCCUGACAGACAGACACCAGCAGAGACAGACAUGGAGAGACAGGUGCCACUCCAGUCUGGCCCAGACGUUACCCCCCGAGGAGGCCCCGGUGGACCGGCCCUUCUGGGGUGUGGAUGACCCCAGCAUGCCGCUGCCCUUUGAUCUGGCUGACAUCAUCAACAGAGUGGAGUCGCUGCUCUGGAGGAUGUGAGGAAUGAAUAGAUGUGAGAAAGUAAAGGAAAACGAGAAAAAAAACACCAGCUUUUUUGGAACGGCCCCAACAACAACUGACGGGAGAUACCACUGAAGACACCUCUGUUGUGAUUCCACCAAGAUUCAUUUCCUUUUCAUGGGUUCAUCUACAUCCCCCCACUCCACCCUCGACUACCCUAGUUGACCUCGACAUCUGUAGUCAACCCUGAGCUUUUUGAUGGCUGGAACGAAUCCAGACCACCUCAAUAGAACCAGAAUAGUGCUUCAGUAUCAUGCUAACAUGCUAACCAAGCUUAGCGACAACCUCCUAGAAUCACAGCGGUCUAACGAAACAUAAGCGAACCUGCAUUUCAGUGUUAGCAUACAUUGCUUAACUAUUUAUUAUUUCAGUGUAUUCUCUUAGUUAAUCUCAUGUAACCCAGACCUGCUUUUAUCAAUAGAUCGACUCAUUCUCAGCUUUAACCGUACAGUACAUACAUAUAUGCUUUCUACUUGUCACGCAGUGUUAUAAUACAGUCUAGAAUGGUUAAAAAAAACUCGCAUAGUAUAUCAUUCUCCACUUGUGUGUAGUGUAAUCCCUUGUAUUGUGUUCGGAAAUGGAAAGAGCCAGAAGAGACCAAAGAAAGAUUAUUAUAAGAAAGUUAUGAAUGUCAUCGCAUAGAGAAAAUGAAGAAUGUGAUGUGUAGUGUUUACAGUGCGAUAGUGUGUUCGUACCAUAUGGAGGCGUGGCAGUGUCUAUGUGUGUGUUUGUAUGUGUGCAUUUAGCCGUGUGAAUAGUAGUUGGCCUGUGUGUGUGUGCACGCUCACUCUCACCCACAUGUCUACAUGAAGGCGAGUGUGUGUGAAUGUGAUAGUGUGUGUGAGCCUGUAGGCAGCCUGCCAGUUGUUUGUUCUUGAAGAUAUUCAUAUGGAGAAACAGAGACUAGCAGCGGGGCCCCUGUGCCUCUGCUCUGAUGAAAGGCAGCACUGAUAGAAUGACCCGGAACACAACCGCCGUUUCUCAUAAUUACAGCUGUUCAAUGGCUUUUAAUUACUCUUAAAGUGUGUAGAGCACCACGUUCCCCUGUAAUGCUGCAGGCCAUCCGAGGGAGCGGGAGAAAGAUCCGGCACUUCUGACAAAAUCCACUUUCAAAACAGCUAAAAAGGGGUGGAAAAGGGGCCGACGUCAAAGCAGUGUAGCAGCCCUCCUCGUUUGAUUCCUUUCUCUAUCUAGUUCAUGAUGAAGUAGAGACGCUGUUUACUAUUAAAAAUGCAGAAUGCACUCCUUUUUUUUACUUCUGAAGUUGUUUCCAAGAUGUUAAUGGUUGCCAAACGCUGUUCUUCUUGCUUCUUCUUUUGCAGCGCCUCUUGUUUGUUGUUGUCAGAGAGAUUUGUUUGUAGAUCGGCAGUAGCGUUGACUUGUUUGAAUCACUCUGUGCUCCCGCGCCACAGCUUGUCUGUCUGAAGCAAUAGGAAUGGCAGUAAAUAAAAAAAACUGUGUUUUAUCCAAA